CCCAUUCAAGAGUAGCGAGCAUCAUCCGGAUGAAAGGACGAUCCCAUUUUGAUCGAUCGGCCCAUGGAUGAGAAAAGAAAGAUUUCUCGCCUCCAGGCUCCAUCGGCAUUGCUUAAACAAUUCGCUGAUGCGAUCGUUCUCGGGAUUCUUGGCGCCAUCUAGUCAAGGCUGGAUCGCUGGAUCCCUAGGUAUCGCUCCAAGAAUCCUUCACGCAAGCGCGGGGCUCGGCUAUGGAUGCGUCAAUAAUCCAGCAGCAGCGCUUCCAGUCGAACUAUCGCGUUCUUGGCGAGGAUUGAGCGGCCCGGCUAUGGAUGCGUCGAUAAUCCGGCUCUCUUUCUUUCAGCAGCGCUUCCAGUCGAAAUAUCGCGUUCCUGGCGAGGAUUGAGCGGCCGCCUGGCCAGGAAUCGUCGAGCAAUCGCAAUGCAGGCACGCCAAGGGCAGGACAGGGCUGGGGCAUCGAUCCAGCUCCCAGCGCUGGGCCCGGAAUCCAUGGUGUUCAUGGGAAACGCGAGCUUCGGCCGCACAGGCCAGAUCGAGCUCAACAGCCCGAUGCUCGGCAGCGCCGCCGCCACGACGCCAACACUCAGCAGUGGCAGAGCGCUCUUCAAUCUCCCGCUCCAGAUGCUCAAUCCAUCCGCGAGCUUCGAGACCUCUUUCACUUUCUCUACGAUCCAGGGAAGCUCUUUCUUCUUCGUUAUUGUUCCAAACAACCAGGAGCUCGCUACUCUCCACGGACUCUCGGUGCGAUUCACGACCGCCAACAACACCAUCGCCGUGUGGUCCUCGUCGCGAAAUCUGGCCACCACCGUGGCGGAGUUUGAUCUGGGGCUGGAAUCCAGGCGGACGUUCGUGUGGAUUUCUUACGACUCGAGGAGGCACCGGGUGGAGAUCCGAGCUAGCAACUUCUCGGUUUUGGCGGCUCCUCCACUUCCAGUGAUCGCCCUCGGACUGGAUCUCUCGGCCCGGGUGGUCAAUCAGUUCAUGUACGUGGGAUUCUCGGCCUCGUCCACUCUGCUGGCCGCCAAGAGCACCAUCUGCGCCUGGAACUUCACGAGCUGGGUUCCCGAUCCGUCAGUCCACCCGGAUCCCGCCACUCUCGACUCGGCUGCUUUGGAUUCUUCCUCCAAGAGCUCCUCUGCCAGGUUGAGGAAGAACUUGGCCGCUGCUGGGAUCGCCGUGACUGCUCUGGUGGUCUUCGUCGUGGCGGCAGUGGUGGUCGUGAGGAUCAUGAGAAACAGCGCCAGCCACCACGCCAGGAAGAAAUUCUCGAGGACCACCGACCGGAAGCUGGAUCCAGAAGUGGGCGAUGAUCAGUCGAUGGCGAAGUUUUCGUAUAAACAGCUCGUCUCGGCCACCAACGCCUUUGAUCUCAGACACAAGCUCGGGCCACCGGCGACCAGCCAGUGCUACCGCGGAGUUUUGUCCGACUCCAUCGUAGCGAUCAAGGUGGUGUCCGAUAGUAACUCUCUCGUGGAAGAAUCGCUCAAGCUCGUCUUGGAGCUGGCCAGCCUCCGGCACAGGAACCUCGUCAACUUGCUGGGCUGGUGUAGCAACAAAACCACAGCCGAGCAGCGAUCAUCCUUCCUCGUCUACGAGUUCAUCCCGAAUGGCUCCCUGGACGAGCACCUCUUCUCGAGCAGCACCAAGAGCAAUCCUCUGCCGUGGUCGCAUCGUCACAAGGUCGCGUGUGGAGUGGCCCAAGCUCUCGACCACCUCCACUCGCGAGGCCUUGCGCAUGGCAACGUAAAGUCGAGCAACGUGAUGCUGGACGCCAACUUCACUGCUCGCCUUGGCGACUAUAGCUUGAAGAACAGAGGCACCGGCAAAGCUGGGGGUGCUGAGCAGCCUCUCGCUGGAUCCAUGAUCGUUGCUGGGACUUUCGGAUACGUUGCUCCCGAGGCCGUGCAAACCGGACGACCGACGAGCCGAGCUGACGUCUUCGCGUUUGGAGCCGUGGUCCUGGAACUCGUCUGUGGACGAAGAGCUCUAGAGACGAGCAGCUCCGGUGAGAUUGGCGACGAGCAGCGCAGCAAAGUCGGAGAAGAUAGAGCUGCCGAUGGUGGUGACCAGAAUUCGUCGUCCGGUGCUACUGUUCUAGUCGAUCGAGUCCGGGAAGUGUUGAGCAGCAACAGCCAUGGCAGCGAUUUCAAGAAAUCGAUAGAGCUGGAGAAGGUGGUGGACGUGAAGCUCGCGGGGCUUUACGACGUGUCCGAGAUGGAGGUGCUCGUUUCACUGGGGCUGGCGUGCUCGGACUUGGACCCGGAGAGGAGGCCGGCGAUGGAGACGGUAGUGAAAAUGCUGGCGGGGGAGAUCCCCGUUCCGUCACCUCGGCUUCUCCUCUCUUCUUCGCCUUCUCCUUCCUCCAUCGAGAGCAAGGAUCGAUCGAGCAAGAAGGAUCGUAAGAUGAAGGGCGCCGCCGAGCAGCAAAGGAGGCCCAUCGAAGAGCUGCUGGCGAUGAAAGAUUUUGGAAGCUUGUUUGCUGCUGAUAAUGACUCGGCAGUUUGAGAGGAUCGAGAGAGACGAUUUCGUUUGUCUGUACAACAAGCUUUUUGGAAGAAUAGAGAAUUUUGAAGUA